GUAUAUAAUCUUAGGUCACAAACCCUUCUCCUCUUCUCACUUCCGUUUUCUCUCUCCUCCAUUUCUGCGUUUAAAGCCUCCACUCGUAUCUUCACCACUUACCUUCUGCUCGCCGCCGGUGAGCCGCCAUGGUCCACGUCGUCUACUACCGCAACUAUGGGAAGACAUUUAAGAAGCCACGUCGUCCUUAUGAGAAGGAGCGAUUGGAUGCUGAGUUGAAGCUUGUAGGAGAGUAUGGGCUUCGUAACAAGAGAGAGCUCUGGAGGGUUCAAUAUGUUUUGAGCCGUAUCCGUAAUGCCGCAAGGCAUCUUCUUACUCUGGAUGAGAAGAACCCUCGCCGUAUCUUUGAGGGAGAAGCUCUUUUGAGGAGGAUGAACAGGUACGGGCUGUUGGAUGAAGGACAGAACAAGCUCGAUUACGUGUUGGCUCUUACCGUCGAGAACUUCUUGGAGAGGCGUCUUCAGACCCUUGUCUUCAAGUCUGGUAUGGCUAAGUCUAUUCACCAUGCUAGGGUGCUCAUCAGGCAGAGGCAUAUUAGGGUUGGGAGACAAGUGGUGAAUGUUCCCUCUUUCAUGGUGAGGGUUGACUCACAGAAGCACAUUGACUUCUCUCUCACUAGUCCCUUCGGAGGAGGCCGUCCAGGUAGAGUGAAGCGAAAGAACCAGAAGGCAGCAGCAAAGAAGGCUGCCGGUGGUGAUGGUGACGAGGAAGAUGAAGAGUGAGCUAUACCCAGUUCUUUGUAGUUUGUAGGCUUGAGAUCCUUUAAUAGCACCUCUAAAUAUGGCUCUUUCCCCCAGGAGAUCCACCAAUUUUCAUGUUGCAAUUGACUGAUUUUAUUCCUUUACAACUUAAAAUGUUUGGAGUGCAUGUUUUUGUUAUAUGUUAAAACUAUUAGAAUAUGACAAUAUGUUUAUUGUGUUCUUAUGGAUCCAAUAGAUCAGUUUUGCUAAUUCCUGGCU